UUGUCAAUGUGCAACAUUUGAAAGUUUCUCAAUUUCUCGGAAAUCUACACACAUAGUGAGUGUACUUGAGAUUCUUUCGGCCAUUUCUAAUAUAUGAGUUUGACUUGUUAUCUUCUCUCACAAGCAAUUCGAUCACCAUUCCGUGCAACUAAAUAAUACAGAACUGAUUAAGACGACAACAUGAGCGAUUUACAACGGUCCUUCGUUAAACCUAAGCUUCCAAAGUUCGCCCCUCCAAUGUUCAAUGAAGCUGAUGAGGAGGAAGAGAUUGAUGUUCCUGGUGAAUUGCCAGAUCUGCCAGUAGAUGAUGACUCUUCCUCGGCAUCUUCAGCUUCAUCUACUGGCACCAUCAUACCAUCCUCAAAUCAGAAAUUGUUUGCUCGACCGCAAGGGUUUGUUCCUGCUUACAGCUAUAUUUUUGUGCCGAGCUGAUAUUUUCGAUACCACCAGUAUUCCCAAUAAACGGACGAUGGACCAGAUACCGUGGACGACGUAUUUCGAGCGAGAGCUAUUUCUUGAACAUAAGAUGGAGUUAGAGACCAUAACACACCAUGCAUAUCUUACAUCUCCCGUUGGGUCUGCACCUUUAUUCGUUACACACCAUGGAGCGGGAUCAUCCGGUUUGUCAUUUGCUGUUCUGACAUCGGAAAUUCGGAAAAAGCUACCUUCUGCGGGUGUACUGUCCCUUGAUGCUCGUGGUCAUGGUUCUACGGAUAUCUCCCCGGAUGCAGAACUUCUUGAUCUUAGCCUAAAGACAUUAAGUUCAGACCUAUUAUAUGUCAUUGAAGCUACAAAAGCUAGAAUGAGUUGGAAAGAACUUCCGCCUCUUGUACUUGUUGGCCACUCUCUUGGUGGGGCAGUUGUUACAGACGUUGCAAAGAGCGGAAAGCUAGGUCGCUCAGUCCUUGGCUACGCGGUCCUUGACGUAGUUGAGGGUUCUGCUAUGGAUGCUCUUCAAAGCAUGCAAACCUACUUAUCGACUCGACCGCUAGGUUUUCCUUCUCUGCAAUCUGGCAUUGAGUGGCACACGAGAUCGAGAACAAUACGAAAUACAUUGUCGGCGCGAACGAGUGUACCUGCGCUACUGAGACACGAUGAAGAAGCUGGCGGGUCACGAUCAUGGACGUGGCGCACAAACUUGGGAGCCACUCAGCCAUUUUGGGAAGGUUGGUUUGUUGGACUAAGUAAAAAGUUCUUGGAGGCAAAGGGUGGAAAGCUAUUGCUGCUUGCUGGGACAGACAGACUCGAUAAAGAGUUGACUAUUGGGCAAAUGCAAGGUGGGAACCAUCAUUUAUGUGAACUUAAAUUUAGGAGGCUCAAGCUGACAAUCAAUAGGGAAGUAUGCGCUGCAAGUUUUUCCUGAGGCCGGGCAUUUUGUUCAUGAAGACCUUCCUGAAAAGACAGCGAUGGUGUUAGUAGACUUCUACUCAAGAAAUGACCGGAGUUCAUUGGUACUGCCACCGAAAGUGUCAGAUCUCAUUAGGGCCGGUAGGAAAGUAUGAAUUCGGUUAAUUACUUCGACCGACCGACUACAGGAAAAGGGGUCUCGAAAAGUGCAAGAGUAAAAGUAUUACCUUCAUUAGGACAUUAGCCGACACCAGGCUUCGAACAUGAAUACAUGGAGAUUUGAUACGUUGUGGAUUUUAGGCACUCUAAAUGGCCGCCCGUUUUCGAGCUUCGAGAACACAAAAAGGGUGCUUGCUGCGCACACAGCGCGUUGAAAUGAGAAAGUGAGAUUGCGGCUGAAUGAAGUAAGACAUCCGGCCGUACGGUUUGUGGGUCAUCCCACCAUUGCUUUUUACCGAAUCAGAUAUCCUGGGUUGCUUUUUAUGGGUGCUGAAAAUACCAAACUACAAGAGCACCAAGUAAAUUCCAUCUCAAUUAAAUGUCAGAUUUGCCGCCCCAAGAGGCCAUUUUUAUUUUCUGU